AUGUUGUCCAAGAUAUUCAAAAAACAAGACAAGAAUGAAACGUCUUCAAAAGCUGAAUUAGGAAGCGCUUUUGAGCAUGAAAAAACCAUUCAAAGUAUUGACUUGCUGCGAUGCUCACCUGGUAUGGCAGAUUUAUUUCGACGUUUAUAUCAAAUAAGAAUCGAUUGUGGUGAAAUUGUGAGUGAUGGGGUCGAUAAACAAAAACAAAAGGAAAUGGAAAAGCAAUUGAAGAAAUUGGAUAAAUUCGAACGACAAAAAGUACUUGUGAAACAAUCCAUCGAUCAAACCGAAACUCUCAUCAAUCAAAAGAAAAAAGUCAAUGACAAUGAUCCUCGUCUCAAUAACGACAUCAACAAAGCCAUUACUAAAAUGGAAAAAGAAACUCGAGAGUUGGAAAAAAUACAUCAAGAUGCCCUCAACAAGAAGACUUUCUGGAAAGAAGUUCAAAUGCCGGUUGAAAUGAGAAAGCAGCGAGAAUCUGAUAUUAAAAACUUUAAGCUCUAUGUCAAAUGUUUGAAACAAGAAUAUACCAAACUGCUCACCGGUAAUAUCAAGUACUAUGGUGAGGAGGAUGAUCCAGUCGGAAAGAGAGAAGUUCUUUUUGAAUCUCUUGAAAAUUUGGAGAAGGCUAAGGCUGAAAUACCAACCGUCGAUAUCUCGGAAGGCUUAGAACAAAUUGAAAUGGCCAAACGUCAAAUGGAAGAAAAGACUGAUAUUCUAUUAGGUCAGAUUCAAAAGAUUGGUCAAAUUGCUCAUACACUCUCCGAUGAAUUGGAUAAACAAGCUGUUUUAUUGGACAAGAUGGCUGCAGAUGUCGAUAAAUAUAACAAAACCUUGGAUGAAACGAAUGCACGAUUGGUCCAGGCCAUACACAAGGCUGGAGGGGCAACUCGAUUAUUAUGUAUUUGUGUCAUCUUCAUUGUGGUCGUAGCCUUGUUAGGAGUGGGAUGGCUCUUACUGGAAAUUUUUGUUCCAUCCUUAGGAACAGGAGUUGGAUGA